AUGUCUUCUGAAAAAGAUUCUGAGAGCAAUGAUAGAUCUAGUACUCGUUCUGGGAUAAGUCGUCAAUCGUCAAUGUUUGGAAAUCCGAUGGAUAAAGUUGUCUGCAUUGCAAAUGACGAUCAAUCACAUCGAUUUGUAUAUUAUACUGCAAUGUUAAAGAAGUUUGCUCCCAACUUAAGCAAAGAAAAAGAUAAAGAAAAGGUUAUACCUUGGAUCAGGAAACUAUACGCUGCAGAAUAUGCAACAGAGUUCUUUAAAGUUAAGCGCAACAGAUAUCUUUUCAAUAUGAUUUUGUCUAUUCUCAAUGAUGAAAUGUAUGGUGUAUUUAAGUCAAUUCCCCCUAUUGGUCCUCUAAAAUCACCGGAAAGUUUUACAAUACCUACUAUUCCAUUGGCUACGUGGGAAGCUGAUAACAUGUGGGAAGAAAUGUUAAAGGACGAAGAUAUUAACCCGUCCAUUUGUAGCAUACACGACAAAUGUCCCGAAGAAGAAGAAGAGGAAGAAGAUGGUGACGACCCCGAGGUAGUUUUGGAUACAGCAAACAUGUCUCAAGAAGAAAAGGACCAGUUGACUGAAGACGCAAAGGUCAAAAAGGACGGUCCAAAGACCAAUAAGAAUAAAAAAGAACUGUUUAGUUCAUUACUUGAUUGGGAAUUUCAGUAUCUCCUUCAUAUCGCUCGACCUUAUGCUGCCCUAAUGACUACUGUACAAGACAAGACCCGAGUGGCGAAAUGGUUACAGAAGUUGUGCGGUGUACGCAUGGAUAUCGCGUGUUCACAAAUGAAAGGUGUGCGGAACGAUUAUAUGAUGGCACUACUGGGCUACUUACACGAUUUGCGACUCACUGGACCGUUUGAACAUCCUCCGCCUGAUGGACCACUGGAAAAUUUAGGAAAUGCUAUGGAAAAACUAAAAGCCGAUUAUCCGUUAACUGUACCCACACAGUUUGAUGUUAAUGAGUUUUUGUCUGACCAACCGAAGCCAGCUGACGGAGGUGCCUUUUGUUACAUUGCCAUUAGCGGUGAUUUACAGGCAACAAAUUUAAUAAAAUCAAAACCAGUACAAACUAAAGACUGUCAAAAAUAA